GUCAAUGAGAAAUAUGAAGCGGAAGGGGGCGUGGCUAGGCAGCGGAGUGGCCAGAGGGACCUGUGGCGUCACAACAAAAGCUGCGCACGCAACCGCUGUCCCCGCCCACCUCGGGAGAGGGGCGGGGCCGGCUUUUCUUGGGUGCGCGCGCAGCUUUCUGUGCGACCGUUGACGCUCCUCAGAGUUCCUUGCCAGUUGUACCUGAGAGGCGGCUCUCCGACUCCCGCGCUGGACCCUCUUGCGCCAUUGAACCCCCUCAUCCGGGGGCCUCGGACCCCAGGGCUCAGGAGGACUGAACCAAGACUUACCCGAAGUUGCCGCGGGGCCUUCCGAUCCCCUAGGCCAUCGCCUAAGUCUGGCCAGGCUGAUGGUACCAGCGAGGAGUCUCUGCACCUUGACAUUCAGAAACUGAAGGAGAAGAGGGACAUGCUGGACAAGGAGAUCUGCCAGUUCAUAUCUGAAGGCUACAGUGUGGAUGAACUGGAGGACCACAUUACCCAGCUUCACGAGUACAAUGACAUCAAGGAUGUGGGGCAGAUGCUGAUGGGCAAACUAGCUGUGAUCCGAGGUGUCACCACCAAAGAGUUGUAUCCAGAGUUUGGGCUGGACAUGAAUGACUGAGCAGGCUCAUCGCCCCUUGUCCACAGCCCCCAGGGACAGAAGGGUGUGGAUAUGAUAAACGCUGAGAGCCCAACCAGCACACCUACAGAGUUUCCAGUGAGAAAAUGCCAGAAGCACUUUUCUAGAGAGCCCAAGCCCAAUCAGGAGGAGGCUAGAGAAGAGGUGGGCAGGGAGGAAGGGGCGUUCCCAGCUCCAAGGUUCCUGAAAUGUCGCAGUGAUACUUGUGUAGGGGUACAUGUACUUUAUUUGUCAAUAAACAUAUCUGUACACUGA